GUCCACCCACACCCCCUGACUCUCAUGACGCGCCCGUCAGCCAUCUCAUGUCAUGUCCAACGGGCUGAUUUGGCAUCGUCGCGACAUGGGUUCCAUGCAUCGCCUUUCCCAAUCCAACUCGCCCGCGCUCAAGGGUCCUGCAUUCCAGCACCGCUCGCAAUCCAUCAUCACCAGCGGCCACUCUGCCAUUCGUCGCGUGGAUAUAUAUGCCAUAGCGUUCUCGUUGGAUUCUCGUCCGCGUUCGCGCACCUCUCUCAUUACAUCUUUGUCUGUCCGCUGGCCUCAUUGCAGAGAAAGCAGCCCGAGGUCAAUACCGUGGGCUCGGCUGUCCCCACGUUGUCGACGCAGCCCACUGGCAUGCACCCGAAGCCCUUUGAUGCCGGAGCAGCACCCAAGCCCAGUGUGUCGAUGCCGCCACACGGACCGAGCCCAGGGACUACCGACAACGACUUGGACUCGCUCGACUCGGCGCUCUUUGGCCUCUCGGGCAUGAAAAAGUCGCAGUCGAGCGGCAUUGGAUCGAUUCGUAUGCCACCCGAAUCCAAAUCGGGGGUCCAGGCGGUUGGAUCGGCUGCCAAGGCCAACAUAGAGAGCCGAGGGACGCUCAACUCGACGCUGGGCGAAGGUCUCAAGACGAACGAGCUAUCCAGCAGUUUGCUCUCGGUCGGUUCUCAAGAGAUAUCCAUCCCGUCGUUUCUUCUGAGCAAUUCAACAGCGGGAAACAGGCGCCCCAGCCGACGAGGGACUGCUGGCAGCCUCGGCGCCGACGAGAGUGGUGCCGCCGGCUUGACCACAGGUGCCGCCGGUAGUGAGAACCAUCUUUCCUUUGGCGGGCUCGCCCCCCAACCCGACACCCAUGGAGCUUCGCUAUUAGCUCAAGACAGACCUCGCUCGGCACUGGGCUCAUCUACUGCCGAUGGAAUCUCCCGAAGGCCAUCGGCGGCCCAGCACAAGGACAGCGACAAUGAUGAUGAUCUCUUUGACAGUCUUGGGCUCGGGGAAAGUCGACCUCGGACUGCCCCUGCCCCAGCCCCAGCCCCAGCUUCAAGCACCUCCGGGACGGGAC